UGACAGUGAAUUUUAAGGUGCCUCUCGACGCUCGACGCUCAUUUUCGAAGUCAAAAUAAGUCGUGUGAUAGAAAUUGACGAAUACCAAGCGUCAACUGUGAUCGCGUGACGACGAUCUGACGCUGAAAAUUAAUGUCGAGCGUUAGCAUGAAAAGGCAUUUUUAUUCCUUCUAUUAUGCGCAUGGCCUUUACAUCAUGCGUCUUUCCACCAAUUCCACCAUGCCAAUUGCCAUAGUCCAUUCUUCCGGUUUUCGUCGCUCUUUUAGACGAACAAGAUGGCUGUUCAGAGCCAACGCGCGUUCCAGAAGCAGCCCACGAUCUUUCUUAAUCGUAUGAAAGGUCUAGGUUCGAAGCGCAGGAAGCCUAUGAGAGAUAGCCGCAAUGUCGGUUUCAAAACUCCUCGCGAAGCUCUUGAGGGCACCUACAUUGAUAAGAAAUGUCCCUUUACGGGCAAUGCGUCAAUUAGAGGGCGCAUUCUUACUGGAAUGGUGCAAAAAUUGAAAAUGCAACGUACUGCAGUUAUUCGCAGAGAUUACUUGCAUUACAUCCGAAAAUAUAAUCGAUUCGAAAAGCGGCACCACAAUAUAAGUGCCCAUCUUAACCCUUGCUUUAGGUACAUAAACAAUAAAAUAAUUUUUUUUUAUUUAUUAAAAUUUUUUUAAUUUCCACUUUUAUGCUGAUAAUUUGUAUCACGAUGGUCUACUGAGAUAUUUUGAUGAUCAUUAUAUAUCUGAGUUACGAAAUAAUAUUUAAAGAAAAAUGAGCAAUUAAUUUAACAUUCAUAUUCACGAACUUUAUGUUUCUGAGAUGUAGAAAUUGGUGAUGUAGUCACCAUUGGAGAUUGCAGAUCUUUAAGCAAGACAGUAAGAUUUAAUGUAUUGAAGAUGUCGAAAGGAACAGAAUCAAAGAAAAGCUUUAAGAAGUUCUAAACAUUUAUCUUACAGCAAUUUUGUUUGUAAAUAUUCAUUUGUUUGUAAAUAUUUUGUAAUUUAUAUCACUAUUAUUAAU